UAGCUAUGGACCAAGUUUCAAGACACCUUCGACACACUCUUUCACGCCCUGGAGACAUCUUGGACAUGCCAACCUCGUCAGCGACGACUCGAUAUCCUUAGCGCACCCUGCAUCUGUAUAUGCGGUUCAUGAAACCCCCAGCGCCUCGACCUCCUGCUAGGAUACCUGGCGAGUGGCUCUCCAUCCUGAUGCUUCCCACCCGUCGGUGGUUCUGUAGCCUCGCCUACUGACACAAGAGCUGCUGCUCUCGACCUCGACUUUACCUCUCACCACCAGCAUCAGUCCGGUCUGACCUGCUGUCCACCAUGGAGAGCGCCACUGCGACUGUCACCAGAGAGCCAUCGACGCUCGACAGCAGAGCCAGCGCCAGCAUCGACAUGAGCGACUCUGCCAACACACAUGGGCAACAGCACCGCAAUGGCUGUUCCCUGCCAGCACCGCUCCAAGACGACAUCCCUUCCCUGCCUACCGAACCGAAACCCUUCAAGCCCACUCGGCGCUUCUGGCUGGUCAUGAUGUCCAUCUCGGCCAUUUCGCUGUGCGGCUCCGUUGAAGGCACGAUUGUGGUCAACGCGCUGCCCACCAUCGCUGCAGCCCUGAGCCGCAGCGGCAGCGCCAACCUGUACCUGUGGGUGCCCAAUGCCUUCUUCCUGGCAUCCAUCGCCGUGCUCCCGCUGUACACCCAGGUCAGCGACAUCUUCGGCCGCCGGAAGAUGCUGCUGGGCGCGACCUCGCUGUUCGUGCUCGGCUGCGCCCUGGGCGGCGCCAGCACCUCGAUGACCAUGCUCAUUGUCGCUCGCACCGUCCAAGGCGUGGGCAGCGGCGGGGUCGACACCCUCUGCGAGACCAUCAUCCUGGACCUGGUGCCGCUGCGCGAUCGCGCCAAGUACCUGUCGUACGUGUCCAUCGGCACCACCCUCGGCUACAUUGGCGGUCCCUUCCUGGGCGGCCUGAUCGUCGUGAAGCUAGGCUGGCGCUGGGUCUUCUACCUCAACGCCAUCCUCGGCGGGGUUGCACUUGUCAUGUUCUUCUUCUUUCUCCGAGUGCGGCACCGGCGCGGUCAGACCUUGUCGUCCCAGGUCAAGCGCAUCGAUUUCGGCGGCAACGCGAUCUUCAUCGGCGCCGUCGUCGCCGUGCUGCUGGCACUGACCUGGGGCGGCCCGGUGUAUCACUGGGACAGCGCGCGAAUCCUGGUGCCCCUGGUGCUGGGUCUCUUGGGCCUGUGCGCCUUUGUUGCAUUCGAGUGGACUCCUCGCCUCGCUCCGGAGCCCUCGUUCCCGCGCGCCAUCGUGUCCAACCGCACGUCCUCGGCGGUCCUCGCCAUGACCCUCGUCAACUCCAUCACCAUGUACGGCACCUUCUACUUCCUGCCGGUCUACUUCCAAGGCGUGCUUGCGAAAUCCCCGGUGGGCUCGGGGAUCGCCCUGGCCCCCAUCUCCGCCUCGGUGAUUCCCUUUGCCGUCGUUUCCGGCAUCCUGCUCUCCAAGGUCGGCAAGUAUCGACCUGUCCAUGUCUUCGGCUGGUCCGCCAUGCUGGUCGCCGCGGGUCUGUGCAGUACUCUCGACCGCGACUCGUCGACCGCGGCGUGGGCCUGCUUUGAAGUCCUGGGUGCCGCGGGCCUCGACGCGCUGUCCAUCUCCCUGCUGCCGGCGCUGCAGGCGCCGCUCGCGGAGCGCCACGCCGCGACCUCCGCAGGCAUGUAUAGCUUCGCCCGCGGCUUCGGCGCCAUUUGGGGCGUCACCAUCCCGUCCGCCAUCUUCAACAACGUCGUCAAGCGCCACGUCACGGCCGCCGGCACCGGUGACGGAUCGGCGUUCGCCACGAAUUCAACUCUCGCCGCGCGCCUUGCCGACGAACAGGCCUACCAGCUCGCCACCAGGGCCUUUCUGGACUCCCUGCCGUCGUCGUCGGAGAGCAUGCUCCGCGGACAGGUCAUUGCCGUCUUCGAGCGCGCGGUCCACGCCGUCUUCUACGCCCUGGUGGCCUUUGCCGGCACGGGCCUGCUUCUGGUGUUGUUGGAAAAGGAAGUCCCAAUGCGGACGAAGAACAAGACCGAGUUCGGCCUGGAUGAGGGUGAGGACCGGAAUCACGACGGCGGUAUCGACUAUGGUGACGGGGUUAAUAUGGCCGGCGUCCCCGCUGCUACUGCUGGAGGAGGGAGUCUACAUUGUGAUAGGAGUGCUAGUGCUGUCGACGUGAUUCAACUGGAAGAAGUAAAGUAGGUCGGGCUCUAUAGAGGAAGCGCGUAUCAGCAACCCAAUCGCCGAGCGCGUUUCUCUCCUCGUGUGUAUUCUGAGUUGUACUUCGUCCCUCCCGAAGCUGUAUAGUAGUCGUUCA